UCGUAAUGGAAAUUCAUUGCUGUAGCUAUGGUAAAUCGAGUUUCUGCCUGUGCUGAAUGCAUUAGUCUAAUGAGAUGUGUGCAGCCGGAGAGCAGGGCUGCUGGAGACUAACUGUGAGCUACUAACACCCGGGUGGACGCUUAGCUUUUGCAGUACCCGGUUUGCAUGUACCGAAAGUCUUCUGCCUUCUGAGUCAACCUUCCCGGCCUGGUAAAGAACCUGACCAGGGCUCUGGUGAACCCGCUGUAGCGCCUCUUCUGCCUGUGAGUGAUUUGUCACUUCUUCUGCAAGACUGGCACCAGCAGAAAUGCAGUCUCAGAGGACCCCUGGGAGAAAGCGAGGCCGACCCCCACUUCACUCAACGCCUGUGAAGAUGGCAGUUCAUAACCUUUAUUCUGCGUCAGCUGGCUCGUUACCGGCAGUGAAGAUCCCAAAGAAAAGAGGGCGGAAACCUGGGUACAAGCUCAAGUCUCCGGUUCUCCUGACUCCAUUGGCCCUCUCACCUCCACGGAGUACGCCAGAGCCUGACCUCAGCUCCAUCCCUCAGGACGCAGCCACCAUCCCCAGCCUGGGAGUCCCUCAGGCGCUCACAGUCUGCCUCUACAUCAACAAGCAGGCCAACGCCGGGCCCUACCUGGAGAGGAGGAAGGUGCAGCAGCUCCCCGAGCACUUCGGGCCUGAGAGGCCGUCGGCGGUCCUGCAGCAGGCCGUGCAAGCAUGCAUCGACUGUGCCCACCAGCAGAAGCUGGUCUUCUCCCUGGUCAAGCAGGGCUAUGGUGGUGAGAUGGUCUCGGUCUCGGCGUCCUUUGAUGGGAAACAGCACCUGCGGAGCCUGCCUGUGGUGAAUAGCAUCGGGUAUGUCCUCCGCUUCCUCGCCAAGCUGUGCCGAAGCCUCCUGUGCGAUGACCUCUUCAGCCACCAGCCCUUCCCCAGGCGCUCCAGUGCCUCCGAGGAAGCCCAGGAGAACCAGGAAGGCAGGAUGGAGACAGCCAAGACCUUCGCCACCGCAGAGUGCCGCCUGGCGACCGCUGCGGGCAUGAGCCGCUACAGCCUGGACCCCCUGUCCUCCGGAGGCCCCUCCGCACCAGGGCUGAGGCCCCCAGGCUGCAGCCCCAAGAGGAAUGGGACCUCUCUGGAAGGAAACAGAUGUGCCUCAAGCCCUUCUCCAGACGGGCAGGACGGCAGGCGGCCAAGGAGCAGGAACCCGUCCACCUGGACCGUGGAGGAUGUGGUCCGGUUCGUGAAAGACGCUGACCCGCAGGCUCUGGGGCCUCACGUGGAGCUCUUCAGAAAGCAUGAGAUUGACGGCAAUGCUCUCUUGCUGCUGAAGAGUGACAUGAUUAUGAAAUACUUGGGCCUGAAGCUGGGACCUGCGCUGAAACUCUGCUACCAUAUUGACAAACUGAAGCAGGCCAAGUUUUGAAGGUUUUUAGAAGCUAGAAGCAAAAUCCAGCCAGCAGAUCUCAAGAUCAUCUCUGCCUUACCAACAUCCAGCCACCAUGGAAAAACAGAUUCCCUUCUUCAAAACAACAGGCACAAAGACGGGGUCUUUUUACAAAACUCUUUGCCUUUUUAAAAAGUCAACCUGGCCCAUU